AUGGCAGGCAAGAAAGGCCCCGUCCUACCCUACCGCCGGGGCUCAGACGCCUCCGAAGCCGACUUCUUCGACAUUCCCGAAGAGCCCUGCUGGUCCAUCAUCAAGCGCCAGCUCCGCUAUCUUAAGAGUCCGCGGGCCUGGCUCGCCAUCUUCGUCUUCGUGCUGUUUGUCCUAUUGCUGCGUCGAGAGAAACCUCCGCCUCCGCCCCUUCCUCAUAUUGAUUACGACCGAGUCGAUUGGUCGCUCUACGCCUACAGCCAGUAUGCGACCUCGAGCCCAUACUUGUGCAAUGCGCUUAUCGUCUUCGAUACUCUGCAACGGCUUGGCAGCCGAGCGCAGCGGGUGCUUUUCUACCCCGAGAACUGGGACGUGCUGGUAGAUGACGAUCGCGACCGGGACAGCCAGCUGUUGGCGAUGGCCCAGGAGAAAUACAAUGUGCUGUUGGUGCCGAUUGAUGUGCAGAUGGUGAAGGCAGGAUCGGGACCAAGCGAAUCCUGGGACAAGAGCAUCUCCAAGCUUCUUGCCUUCGGAGAGACCGAAUUCGAACGUGUCAUUCACAUCGACUCGGACGUUAGCGUUCUACAGAACAUGGACGAAUUGUUCUUCCUCCCGCCCUCUCAAGUCGCCAUGCCCCGCGCCUACUGGGAACUGCCUGAUAUCAAGCAGCUCUCGUCUCUCUUGAUUGUUCUCCAGCCGUCCUACAAAGAGUGGUAUGCGUUGAUGGAUAAGGCUCAGGCCAUUUCGUACGGACAGGUCGACUCGAACGUCAGCUCGCGAGUCAGGUACGAUAUGGAACUGAUGAACGAACGGUAUGCGGAUUCGGCCUUGGUUCUGCCGCACCGACAGUACGGACUGGUCACCGGCGAGUUUCGCAAAGACGACCACCGGGCGUUCCUGGGUAAUGAGCAUGAAGAAUGGGAUCCGGAAAAGGUACUAGCGGAAGCGAAGCUGGUCCAUUUCUCCGACUGGCCGCUGCCCAAGCCGUGGGUGAUGUGGCCGCAGGAACUGCUGGCCGAUAUGCUGCCCAAGUGUAAGGUCAAGCCAGGCACGAUGCAUGAGAGUGGGUGCAAGGAUCGUGAGAUUUGGAAGAAGCUCUACGAUGAUUUCCGGCGGAAACGAAGGGACGUGUGUAAAUUGCUCAGUUAUCCGGCGCCAAACUGGCCGCCUCGGGAGAAACCCCAAGGUCCUCUGGAGGCGGCACCAGAAGGUGUUUCAGUUCCUCCUGCUAGAUGA